GCACGUUCCCGUUUAUGUGUAAGUGUAGCAGCAAAACGCGACCAGAGCGGUUGAAGUAAGUCAGAGAGAAGGGGACGAUAAAUGGGGAGAGGUGGCUGAAGUGGCAAGCUUCCCAGGUCUCUGAUUUAUCAAUUCCAGAUUAAAGAGGAAGCUCAGUUCAGAAAAAUAUAUACUGCUGAAGAAGUUAACGACAUGUCAUUUUACAAUUUACCAGAAGAGAGCUUGCACGGUUCGUGGGUGGAGCUGAACUACAGUCAACAGAGUGGCUCGCGGGUGCUGGAGCAUGUCCCUUCCUCCAGUUCCAUCCACAACGGAGACAUGGAGAAGAUCCUGCUGGAUGCACAGCACGAGUCGGAAAGGAACAGCUCGCGAGGAAGCUCCCAUUGUGACAGCCCACCCUUACUGAUGAGCCCUCAGGUGUCUCAUGGUCCUGCUGAGUUUGAAACCGGUAGCCUUGGAGACAGCAACAGCACACAGUCUGAUGAGGAGGCUCAGGAGAGGAGCGCAGAGCUUGAAAAAUUACUGAAGAAUCACGCCGAGUGGAUCUGGUACUGCUCCAGCCGACCAGAAAACGUGCCCCCAAAGGAAUUCUUAUUUAAACAUCCGAAAUAUUCAUCAAGUCUGAGUGUACGGAAGACAAGUGUGAUGAAGAAAGGAGGGAUCUUCAGUUCCGAGUUUGUUGUGUUCCUCAUUCCCUCUCUUCUGAUAACUCACCUGUUAAUGCUGGGAGUAGGAGUCUACAUCGGCAGAAGACUGGCAGCUUCCUCCGCAAGUACCUUGUAAAUGUCCUACUGUGAAGAAGUGCUCAAACUUGACAACCAGCAGAGGUUGACACCAGUUCCUUUACUUGCUGCUCACGUAGACAGACCUAGCAGGCGCCUGGGAAAGUUGCAAAGACUUGAAACGUUUCUACUGUUCCUCCAUCUGUGCCUCUGUGCUCGUCUUCUCCUGUUCUUAGACUUUCAUUUGCCCUUUGCAGCCACACAGACACAAUGCCAGCUACCUUUUUAGUGGGAGGUCUAAUUCAACAAGUUUCCCGUUGUUGUAAAACUCCUGUCACCCUUUGGUGAACCUGACCAGUCCGCUGUACUCCAGGGCACGCCCACUGUUGUGUGGCCACACCACAGUAAUCGCAUGCCUACACCUCCGUGCGUGCGUGUACGUGUGCCCUGUGCUUGGUGUUUCCGCACACCCUGUGAAGUAACACCCCGUGGACCAAAGUUGGGAUCUUUACUUCAACUGUACGUUAAUGUCGGGUGAGAAGUCAACCCCUCUCUUGGUGGGUGUCGAGGAUCUCGCAGCAUUAUUCUGGUGAAGACCAGGAGAGUUCUCCUCAGUGUUCACACCAGUAUUUUUUCUGGCCUCAACAACAAUAGGGCAGAUUACUCGGUUCUUUAUGCAUUGCUGUUUGUGGGAGCUUGCUGUGCAUAGUUUGGUUGCUCUGUUUGCAUUGCAACAGGGACAUCAGUUUCCCAACACUUCAUCUGCUUUAGUGUACUGGGACAUCAUAGAAGGGUCAGGAACGACCCUGUUCUUGCAGCAGUGGUCUUGCUUGCUAUGUCUUGCUAGGGAUCAACUCCAUUUACCAUAGAACACUACAGCACAGAAAACAGACCAUUCGGCCCUUCUAGUCCGUGCUGAACUUUAUUCUGCUAGGUCCCAUUGACCUGCACCCCGUCCAUGACCCUCCAGACUCUCCCUUCCAUGUUAUCUAUCCAAUUUAUUCUUAAAACUCAAGAGUGAGCCCGCAUUUAUCACAUCAGAUGACAGCUCGUUCCAUACUCCCACCACUCUCUGUGAAGAAAUUCCCCCUCAUGUUCCCCCUCAUGUCUCCCCAAACCUUUCCCCUUUCACCCUAAAGCCAUGUCCUUAUCUUUCCUAAUCUAGGUGGAAAGAGCUUGCUCGCAUUUGCUGUCUAUACCCCUCAUAAUUUUGUAAACCGCUAUCAAAUCUCCCUCAUUCUUCUACGCUCCAAGGAAUGAAGUCCUAACCUGUUCAAUCUUUCCCUGUAACUCAUCUCCUGAAGACCUGGCAACAUUCUGGUAAACUUCUCUGCACUCUUUCAAUCUUACUGAUAUCCUUCCUAUAGUUAGGUGACCAGAACUGCAAACUACUUCCUUACCGCAACGACAUCAAGUCUACGCCAGCUCACAGAGCAAUCCCAUCGCCAGCUAAUUUUCCAUGUCACCCAUUUCCCCCCACAUUCCCAUUAACUACCACUCACUUAGGGGCAAUCUAAAGUGACUGUACACCUUUGGGAUGUGGGAGGGAGACCACACAGUCACAGAGAGCACGUGCAAACUCCAUGCAGUCAGCACCCGAGGUCAGGAUUGAACCCGGGUCUCUGGAGCUGUGAGGUAGCAGCCCGACCCACUGCUCCACUUGGCUGUGCAUUUUUCCUCAUGUACCAGUCUUUCAGGUUGUCAUCGCCUCUUUUGGGAAAACUCUUUUGCUGUCUUGCUAACCACUGGGAAUACAGCUGAUGGUUAUAAUAUUCAACAAGUUCAGGGGAAGAUGAUCAUGAAAUGUGAGAUAAACUAAAAGAAGGAAAUAUCGGAGUAAGAGGUGAAGGUUGUACUUGCACCGAUCAAGGAUUGCAGUCAGAAAACACCUGAGGUCAGUUCCUGGGGAAUGAGAAACAGGAGAGAUGAUUCUGACAUCUCUCGAUAGCCCCCCCAGUAAUUAGAUUUACAAUGACAUUUGGUGUUAAGAAUGGAUUUUCUCAGGCCUUCAGAAGUGUAUGCAGAGAGUCUUGGCUUUCAGUUUGGAGGCUGAGGUGUCCUGCCUUUCCUGUAUCUCCUUAGGGAGAUUUCAUUUCUUGUUGCAGCUUCCACCAACCUCCCAACAGAAGCAGAGAAAAGUUCGAUCCCCGCUCCUUUAGAUUUCCCAUUCUGCUGUUAAAGAGUUCAUCACCCUGGGAGGUUAUUGCAAUUUUUUUUCUAGGGUAAAUGAAUCUGUAUAUCAGGAAACGUUGCCAAUUUUUCAGGAAAGGAGAGGAUUCUCUUUGUCCUUUGAAAUCUGUGGCCUCUGCCAUCCAGAUGUAGGGCAGUGAGUGAAUGGAUGUGGCAGAACAGUGGGUAACUUACUGAACUGUGGGUCUGGAGAUGUGAAUUCAAAUUACAUUGUAGCAGCUGGGGUUAUUGAGAGAACUGGUGAGGGUUAAACAAGCUAGUAUGGGUAAUAGUAACUAAGAAAUGGCUUGGUUGUCAAAAAAAAAGUCUGGUUGAUUAUAAGGUAAGAUAUCUUUAUUAGUCACAUGUACAUCAAAACACACAGUGAAAUGCAUCUUUUGCGUAGAGUGUUCUGGGAGCAGCCCGCAAGUAUCGCCACGCUUCCAGCGCCAACAUAGCAUGCCCACAACUUCCUAACCUGCAUGUCUUUGGAAUGUGGGAGGAAACCGGAGCACCCGGAGGAAACCCACGCAGACGUGGGGAGAACGUACAAACUCCUUAUGGACAGUGGCCGGAAUUGAACCCGGGUCACUGGCACUGUAAUAGCGUUACACUAACCACUACACUACUGUGCAUGCACACCUACUUCAGGAAAGGAAAUAUGCUGUCCUUAACCUGGUGUGACUUCAUUCCCACAUGAGGUUGACUCUUGACUGACCCCUCAAUUUGCUGGUGGUUGCGAUGGACAAUCACUGCUGGCAUUGUCAGUGACACCCACAUCCCAUGAAAAGCAAGUACCAUCUGCAUUUCCCUUCCAAUUCCCACCAUCCUGACUUGGAAAUGUAUCUUGGUCCUUCUUCAUCACUGGGGCUAAAUCCUGGAAUUUCUUCCCCAGUAGCACUGUGAGAGCACCUUCACCAGAAUCAUAGAACCAUACAGCACAAAACAGGCCCUUCGGCCCACCAUGUUGUGCCGUCCAUCAGACCACCCUCACACUAUCUAACCCUUUCCUCCCGCAUAUCCCUCUAUCUCACAUUCCUCCAUGUGCCUAUCCAACAAACUCUUGAACCUGUCCAAUGUAUCUGCCUCCACCACCACCCCAGGCAGUGCAUUCCAUGCACCAACCACUCUCUGGAUGAAAAACCUUCCCCUGACAUCUCCCCUGAACCUCCCACCCAUAACCUUAAAGCCAUGCCGUCUCGUCUUAAACAUUGGUGCCCUGGGAAGGAGGUGCUGGCUGUCUACUCUAUCUAUUCCUCUCAAUAUUUUAUAUACCUCUAUCAUGUCUCCUCUCAUCCUCCUCCUUUCCAGUGAAUAAAGCCCUAGCACCUUAAACCUGUGCUCAUAUUCCGUACACUCUAAUCCAGGCAGCAUCCUGGAAAAUCUCCUCUGCACCCUCUCCAACGUCUCCACAUCCUUCCUAUAAUGUGGCGACCAAACCUGAACACAGUACUCUAAGUGUGGCCUAAGUAGAGUUUUAUAAAGCUGCAUCAUCACUUCGCGGCUCUUAAACUCAAUCCCAUGAUUUAUGAAAGCUAACAUCCCAUAGGCCUUCUUGACUGCUCUAUCCACCUGUGAGGCAACUUUCAGUGAACUGUGAAUAUGAACCUCCAGAUCCCUCUGCUCCUCUACACUGCCAAGUACCUUGCCAUUUACCUUGUACUCUGCCCUGGAGUUUGUCCUUCCAAAGUGUACCACCUCACACUUCUGCGGAGCUGUUCAAAAAGACAGCUCACCACCUUCUUGAGGGCAAUCCAGGGUGGGUAAUAAAUGCUGGGUUUGGCAAAGGUGCUCACAUUCUAUUGCAGAGUGUUUGCAUUAAUAACUGACUAAUGUCACACUGUUUGAAAGUUAGAAGAGUGCAGGAUGAGAUUAUGCACACAGAAUAGGGGUGUCUUCUGGCUAUGGAGAUUUGGGAAAAAGGCCUAUUUUUUUUCAUCUGCUGUAGAUAAAGGAUUACUGGCAAGGCCAGCUCAACAAGAGCACAUAGGAAUUCACCAGGCUCAAUGGCCAGUGAACGUGUAUAUCUGUUGCUUCCUGGUUAAUAGGUUGUCCUACUCGGAAGGACUACCUUCUCCAUUGCAAGGCUUCAAGAUGCUGGUCACCACCACGUUCAAAGGUGUGUCCUAGUCUGGUCAGUGAAUGAAGAGCAAUAAGAUUGUGACCAUGAAGCUGAAUCUUUGGCAGUCUGAAUAUAGAGCUCUAUAAAAUAGAGUCAUGGGCUCAUACAGCACAGAAACAGGCCCUUCGGCCCACAGAGUCCAUGCUGACCAUCAACCACCCACUUAUCCUAAUUCUACUUUAAUCCCAAUUUUUAUUCUCCCGUCAACUCCCCCCACAUUCUACCACACACUGGGGACAAUAUCUCAUGGCCAAUCAUCCGACCAACCUGUAUGUCUUUGGGAUAAAAUGACUAACAAGGUAAAGAGAAACAAAAUGUCUGUGGCACUUUUCACAACCUUAAGAUAUCCUAAAACACUAUGGAAAUAUUUUUGGACUGCAGUCACUGGUGAGAUGUAGGAGACAUGGCAGCCAACACUAUUGCACAGCAAGAUCCUACAAACAGCAAUUAAGCGAUUACAAGAUGAUUAAUUUUUUAAUGUUGCUAGUUGAGGGAUCAAUGAUACCGGGGUGGGGGCAGUCCAGUUCCUCUUCAUAGAAACCUAUGGUCUCAAUUUAACAUCUCAUCUGAAUAAGAGGUCACCCACUUAAGAGUGAGAGGAGGAAAAAUUUCUUCUCUCAGAGGGUCAUGGAUCUAUGAAAUUUUACCCCAGAGCUGGGCCAAUGAAUGUAUUCAAGAUCAAGUUGGAAAGUGGAGUUGAGACUACUAUCAAAUCAGACGUCAUCAUAAGCAACGGCAGAACAUUGUAAGGUUUAUUCCUGCUCCUAUAAUCUGAAAUAUGGCACCUCUGGUAGUAAAUGUCACCUUAGAUUUUAUGAUUAAAUCUUUGGAGCAGAACUUGAAUUUAGGACCCUCUCAGAGGUGAAGUGUUAUCCAGUAGCAAUACUAAAUUACUAAGACACUGUACAGCACUUAUCUGUGUGAGCCAGUGACCGAUUGGUUGAUAGUAUUUUCAAUAUACCUACAGGAUUCAGAGGGACCUGACAAGGAUGCUUCAUUGCCCCAAAAAGGUUCACCAGAUUGAUCUGUGCGAUGGCAAGUCAGUCAUGUGAGAGGUUAGGGACUUGUGAACCCUUUUAACAUGGGAGGAAGGAGUCGGAGCAGGCAAAAUGGCUCCUCAUAGCUGUUUCAUAGAAUAGUACAGCACAGGAACAGGCCCGUCAACCCACAAUGAUGUUCAUUGUUGAUAACAUCAUUGGAGAAACUAAGGCUGUCUUCUCUUGAGUUUAGAAGAAUGAGUAAGGAUCUCAUUGGAAAGCACAAAAUUCCUGAUGCAGGGUUUUGACCCAAAAUGGCAACAAUUCCUUUCCCCUCCACAGAUGCUGCUCGAACCACUGAGUUCCUCCAGCAAAUGGUUUGUUGCUGCUGAUUCCAGCAUCUGCAAUCUCCUGGGAGGAUAACCCCCCCCUAGCUGGGGAGUCUAGAACCAGGGGUCACCAUCUCAGAAUAAGGGGGUGACCUCAGGAUUGAGAUAAUGGGAAAUCUCUUCACCCAGCGGGUAGUGGAUCUUUAGACUUUUAGAAUAUAGAACAGUACAGGUCAGGAACAGGCUCUUCAGCUGAAGAUGUCCAUGCCAACCAUGAUGCCAAUUUAGACUGCACAUCUGCCCAAGCCCAAAUUUUCUACCCAAGCAGGCACUGAAGGUUCAAGACAGAAUUCAAUGGAUUUUUGGAUGGAAGGAAUCAAGUUAUUUUAAUAAGGCAGGUAAAUGGUUUUUGAGAUAGUAGUUCAACCUUGAUCUUGUUGAAUGGUGGGGCACAUAUGAGGGACUGAAUGGCCUUUGGCUUCUGUUCCUUGCAUUUUUGUGUCAAACUCCACAAGGAGUUGACAGGGACACAGGAUUCCCGCACUUGAACAUCUUAGUAUCCUAAUGCACACCACAUACUGCCACCUAGCCUUAACCUGGCACGGUGUUCCAGAACUGAGGAUCAGGUGAGGAAAGUGGACCUGGAAUACAGGAUCAACUACGAUGUUAUUGAUUUUGAACAGACUUGAGGUGCUAUUGGCCGCCUCCUGCACCUGUCCACCAUGUUACAGAGUUGUACCUCACAGAAAACAUGCCCUUCAGCCCGUCAAGUCCAUGCCAUCCAUCAAGCACCCAUUUACACCAAUCCCAUUUUUUUAUCCUCCCCACACAGGUGAGCAGGAGAAUCUGGGGGUAGUUGUUUCCAGCAACUACCCCAGAUUCUCCCACUCACCUGAACACCAAUUUACAGUUACAGAUUAACCGACCAACCUUUGGGAUAUUGAGAAGGUUCUAUUUUUGCAGUGCAUCCUAAUUUUUACUGAGCGUAAAUCCAUUUCAGAACAGAUUUAUUUUACAUCAGUUGAUAAAGAAGAAUGAUAUUGUUGCUGAGACAACAGGAUAAAUUGAUGGCAUCUAAAUGCCAUCAAAUUGUCAGUGUCCAUUGCAGAAUGAAAAAAAUAGACUUUUAUAGUGCAUUACACAAGCUUGGAAGAUUCCAAAAGCUUUAGAGCCAUUUGUUGCAAGGACCAAAUAAUGUUUAAUCUUAAUUGAAAGAUAAUUAUUGGCCAGGGCAUCAGGCAUAGCUGUGCCACCCAUCUUCAAAAUGAUGACAUCUCUUGUGCUCGCCUGACGAAAUUCUCACAGAGCGUGGUGAAUCUCUGGAAUUCUCUAUCCACGAGUGUUGUAGAGCAUAGAUUGUUGGGGGUAUUUCAUAGAGUCAUACUGCACGGAAACAGGCCCUUUGGCCCAAACUGGCCCAUGUCGACCAGAUGCCCAUCCAAGCUAGUCCCAUUUGCCCACGUUUGGACCAUAUCCCUAUGAACCUUUCCUAUCCAUGUGCCAGUCAUAAGAGUUAUAAUAGAGCAUGGAAGUAGGCCCUUCAGCCAACUGGGUCCAUGCUGAUCAAGAUGCACCAUCCAAUCCAGUUCCAUUUGCCUGCAUUUGGCCCAUAACCUUCCAAACCUUUCCUAUCCAUGCACUUGUCAAAUUCUUUUAAGAGUUGUUAUUGUACCUGCCUUAACCACUGCUUCUGGCAGCUCACUCCAUUUACAUACCACCCUCUGUGUAAAAAAAAGUUGCCCCUCAAAUUCUAUUAAACCCUUCCUUAAAGAGGGGUUAGAUACAGAUUUGAAAAAUUGAGGAAUUGAGGGCUACAGGGAACUGGCACAGAAGAGGAGUUGAGGCCUGGGGCAGAUCAGCCAUUUUGAAUGCUAGGGCAGGCUUGAGGGCCUGACUGGCCUACUCCUGGUGUUUACUUUGGUAGAAGACAAGGACUUGGUUUUAACAUCUUGUUCCAAUAGGCAGCUGCUUUGACGACACAGCAAUCCCUCAGAUAUUGCCUGAGGUGUCAGCUCUUUUAUAUUCGAGCCUCCCGAGUUGGGUUUCAACCACAAUACUCCUGAUUCAGUGUGAAAAGCUACUGGGUCUCAGCUGACAUGCAGUCUUCAGGAAAUUUUCAAUGAAGACCACUGUUCAGCUCAUUUAGUUCUUUUAUUCAAUGUCACCCACAGGUUACUCCAUGAGAACUCCAUGUUUUUAUUUUAAACAAUCCCAUGAUCAUCAUCUCCACUAGCAUUUAAGAAGUCUUAUCCACGUGUUAGUCACUCUUUGUAGGAGAAAAUUAGUCUCAAAUUUGCUGUUGCUUUGUCUUACUCACAACAUUCAUUUUUGAAAUAAUGUUCCAAUCCACUGUUCCUCCCUAACCUUCUCUUAGCUUUGGACUGAAGGGCCUGAGUUUUCCCAGUCAGGUUUAAAGGCAUUUGCUGUCUGAAAACCAGUGAUCAGUCAUAGCUCCUGGCUCUGCUUUGAUUUCCCCACAACCCCGGUGUGAACACUUCCCUCCUCUCUCUGGAAAGCUUGAGCCAUGUAAUGUUGGACUGAAAUCAAGAAGACCUUGCUCCACUUGUACACGUGUGGGUCUGCGACUGGGCAAAAGUUUUUAUGGAUCAUAUGGGGUCUCAAGCACCUACAUCACAGUUAUUUGCCCACAAGCAUUGUAAGUUGAUCAGGCCCUCGCCAUUGCUGUGUAUUAUGAGGUCCUGCUUUCAAUGUUAUUAAUGACUGGAAUUUAGAUAUUUGCAAUUAGAAGACCAGUAAAUAUGCUUUGUCCUCCUUAGACCCCCAUGUGAAAAGCAAUUAAACCUCCGCAAUGAUGUACUUCCCUGGA